UCAUCGAUAUAGACUUAAUUUGUAGAUAAUAAGAAGUGCACGUGAUGCUUUUACUAUAUGUGCACGUACGCAUUUAGUUUCAUUUAUACAUUUUAUUUUAUUGGUUAUAGCUUUACUUUCCCGGUGCUUGAAUAACCAGCAACAUGGCUCCAGUAGCUCCUGCAGUAAAAACUUUGCCUGAGGAUCCUAUAGGCAUCAGAGCCGUACUCCUCGGACCGCCAGGAUCCGGUAAAGGAACUCAGGCACCUCUGCUCAAGCGAAAAUAUUCUGUAUGCCACUUAUCUACUGGAGACAUGCUCAGAGAAGAAGUCGCAUCAGGCUCAGAAUUGGGCCGUUCACUAAAGAAGGUCAUGGAUGAAGGGAAACUGGUUUCUGAUGAGAUGGUUGUAAAUAUGAUUGACAAAAACUUGGAUCAGCCAUCUUGUAAGAAUGGUUUUCUCCUUGAUGGCUUUCCCAGAACGGUCCCUCAAGCCGAAAAGUUGGAUGUUCUGUUAGCCAAACGUGAUUCUGGACUUGAUGCUGUCAUUGAAUUUGGCAUUCAAGAUAGUCUGUUGGUCCGCAGAAUUACAGGGAGACUGAUUCAUCCAUCCAGUGGACGUAGCUACCAUGAGGAGUUCUACCCACCUAAGAAGCCCAUGGUAGAUGAUGUUACUGGUGAACCUUUAAUUAGAAGGUCUGAUGACAAUGUUGAUGCUUUGAAAAAGCGACUUGCUGUAUAUAAUGCGCAGACUGUACCUCUUGUGGAUUAUUACAUGAGGAAAGGUAUUCACUGGAGGGUGGACGCAACUAAAUCUUCUGAUCAGGUAUUCAACAAGAUUGACAACAUCUUCAAAACUAGGAUCUUCUCAAGGCAACAGCAACAACAACAACAGCAAGCAUCCCAGUAACUUAGUAUUUAAGAAAAUGUUUUGUACAAAUCUUAUUUCCAUAUUGCAGUAUGUUAACUGUCAUUUGUUUAGUUAAAAACUAUUGUGAAUCUAUAUCAUCUAUUUUAGAGACUAUUUUUCUUGAACAAAUACAGUGGACUGGAAUCAUGGA